AUGUCCAAGCGAACCAGCGCCGCCGUCAACAAUGGCGCUGCCAUUACGAAAGAGCCCGCGCACGACAAGCAGAAGGACCUUCUCGUCGCGAACGAGGGCCACUUCUCGCUGCUCAAGGCCAUGCACAUGGCCGACUACAUCACCGAGAUGAACGGCUUCUGCGGCAUCAUGUCUAUCUUCUCCUCGCUACGAUACUGCCUCGGAGACCCCGCCGACAAGAGCAACCUGUGGCUCGCCCUCGCGUUCCUGCCCUUCGGCUUGUUCUUCGACUUCAUGGACGGCCGCGUCGCGCGCUGGCGCAAGAAGAGCAGCAUGAUGGGACAGGAGCUGGACUCACUGGCUGACCUGAUAUCCUUCGGUCUGGCCCCCGCCUGCGUCGCCUUCUGCAUCGGGCUGCGCACGCCGGCCGACCACGUCCUGCUGACCGUGUUCGUGCUGUGCGGACUGACGCGGCUGGCACGCUUCAACGUCACGGCGGCCAACAUCCCCAAGGACGCCAGCGGCAAGGCGAGUUACUUCGAAGGCACGCCCAUCCCGACCACGCUCGGCGUCGACGCGCUCAUGGCCUACUGGGUUGGCCAGGGCUGGAUCCUCGACGAUGUGCCGCUGGGCGUCUGGUUCGCCGGCACACCGCUGGAAUUCCACCCCAUUGUUAUCAUGUUCCUUAUCCACGGCUCUCUGAUGUGCAGUAAGAGCCUCCACGUGCCCAAGCCAUAG